GGUCACAUUCCAUCCACCACCAACAAAUACCUGACAUGCCGUGCUACAACUUCAAGAGCAUCACGGUAGUACCGUCAUCCAAAGACUUUAUUGACAUCGUCUUGUCGAAAACUCAAAGGAAAACUCCGACUGUUAUUCAUCCGCAAUAUGCAAUCGGACGUAUUAGACAUUUUUAUAUGCGUAAAGUCAAAACGUGUCAGCAGUUUUACCAUGAUAAACUUCAAACAAUUCUCACAGAAUUCCCUAAAGUGGAGAAUAUACAUCCAUUCUAUGCAGAUCUCAUAAACGUUUUAUAUUCCAAAGAUCACUACAAACUUGCAUUAAGUCAGCUUAAUACUGCCAAGAAUUUGAUUGAUGGCAUCGGUCGAGACCAGGUGAAGAUAUUAAAGUAUGCAGAAUCCCUAUAUCAAUGUAAAACACUCAAACGAGCUGCUCUAGGAAGGCAAGUUAAAUAAAUUACAAUUAACCAAAGGUUAGGAUGUGUACAGUAAUCAAGAGACAAGCAGAUAACUUGAAAUUCUUGGAAGAUACACGACAACACAUGUCUAGGUUACCAAGCAUUGAUCCGGAUACUCGCACUAUCAUUCUAUGUGGUUUCCCGAAUGUUGGAAAGUCGAGCUUUAUAAAUAAGAUAACUCGAGCUGAUGUAGAUGUUCAGCCGUUUCCGUUUACAACUAAAUCUUUAUUUGUUGGACACACGGAUUAUAAAAAUUUACGAUGGCAAGUAAUUGAUACACCUGGUGUAUUAAAUAGACCCUUGGACGAACAUAACACGAUCGAAAUGCUGUCCAUUACAGCACUUGCACAUCUACAGGCUGCUGUAAUAUAUAUCAUGGAUUUGUCUGAACAGUGUGGAUAUACUAUACAACAACAAUUAACGCUAUUCCAAAACUUGAGACCUCUUUUCCGUAACAAACCUCUUGUAAUAGCCGCUAAUAAAGUUGAUAUCAAACCAUUUGAAGCACUAUCUGAGGAAGAUAAACAAUCAAUUAAUAGUAUUGUCCAGUGGCAUACUGAUAGACAGAUCAGAGAUCCGGAUCGACCAAUCUUUGUAGAAAUGUCCACUGUCACUGAAGUUGGUUUAGUAACUGUUCGUUCAGUUGCAUGUGAUGACUUGUUAGCUCAACGUGUACAAGCAAAAAUUCGAGCUGCCGCUCUGCCAGGCAGUAAUGUUGAUAUCUCUAAUCGACUGUAUAUAGCUAAACCGAAACCAGACGGAAACAAGACAGAUGCACCAUCUCGUCCACCGAUAAUCCCCGACGGUGUUCUAGAUAAACAAAGGAGACGUAUGCUAAAACGUCUUCGUAUUGCUAAUUCACUCCAACCUAGCUCGCAACUUGAAGACGAAGAUGAAGACUCAUCGAAACGUUGUCGAACCGUGCGUGAUCGUGAACCAGAAGCUGAUCCUGAUGAAGGCUUCAUAUUGAAUUUAAGAGAGCAUUGGCGUAUAAAAUGUCCUGAAGAGGCAAAUGAUACAAUCCCUGAGAUUUUGAAUGGACAUAACUUGAUCGACCUAUUCGAUCCUGAAAUUGAGGAGAAACUAAAUGCUUUGGAAGAACAAGAGGCUGCUUUCGAAAAUGCUGGGUUUUACGAUGAAUCUGAACUACUGAAGCAAGAAAAUGACCCAGAAAUGAAAAAAAUCAGAGAAACCGCAGCGAAGAUAAGAGAGGCACGAGCAUUGCGUGUUUUGGAAUCACGAGCUCGUAAGCAAGUACGUAGACCUCAAGUACCUCGAAGCGCCCGUUCAGUCAGUGUACAUAAAAUACAUCAAGAGCUGGGUGAGCUUGGUUUAGAAGUGGAUAUGCAUGAGCAAGGCGAACGUGGUCGUUCACUAAAGAGAGCUGCUAGAGCACGGAACUCAGCACCAAAUCUGCACCGUGAGGCUUCAAUUGCACGUGCAUCUGUAUCGCGAUCUAGAUCCGGUUUACGUGAUGAAAAAAUGCAUGAUACCGUUAAACGCAUGUCCAAAAUUGCUCAACGUAAGGUGGUAACAUUAGCACGGAAAGGAGAAGGAGAUCGUCAUAUUCCAACACUAAAACCAAAACAUCUGUUUUCAGGCAAACGAGGGACUGGGAAAACUGAUCGUCGUUAAUUUAUUCCUUUUGAGUGAUUUUAUAACAAUAAGAUAUUUUUUUUAAAAAUCACUGGUUUGCUUUUAGAACAAUUUGUACGCAUAUGAUAAAUAUAAUAUCAUGGUUUUCAAUGCAAGGAUAAAA